AUGACAUCGCAUCCCGUUGGAAAGCGACUGCCCAUUAGCUGCGAGCCAUGCCGGAAGAGAAAGAUCAAGUGUACUCGAGAUCGCCGCCCGUGCCAGACGUGCCUGCGGCGCGGUCUCCGUGCUGGGGAUUGCGUUUAUCUCGGCCAAUCCAGACUGCUACAAGACAAUGAACCUCAGACAGAGUCCAGUGUGCAAAGAGAGCUUCUCAGGAGAAUCCAAAAGCUGGAAGACUUACUCGAUAGGCAAACGGCUACACAGCUAUCGCCGCAGAAUCAGAAUCCCGUUUCACCGCCUGUCACAAUGAACAGCAAUUCAACGCCAGACCAAGAUUCUGAUCAUAUAUCCACGGAUUUAGCGCCGUCCGAUCCAGGAAACUUCGGUUUUUUGCAGUUCUCUUCAUUGGGUCAUGUCCGCUUUGUACCUCUGCCCUCUCAGUGGAAUCCAGUUCUGCACAGAGACGACGCUGGUAACCACUUCGAGGGAUUGAGCGACGUACCCCAUGAUGAGGAUGCUGGACUUCCAUUCAAUGGUUGCGGACGCAUCACCAAAGCGGAACUUCUGGCUCUGCUUCCGCCCAGGAAAUAUUGUGCUUACUUGAAGGGCAUCUAUUUCAAGGUCUUUUCUCCGCUGUUUCACAUAUUACACGAUCCAACUUUCGAAGAGGAAUAUGAGAGAUUCCACAACGAUGCGGAUUCCGUUUCGUUGGGAUGGCUGGCUCUACUAUUCAUAAUAUUGGGAAUUGCCGUGACCGCUCUUGACGAUGACGAUCCUAUACUCUCAGACUUGGGACAUGAGAAGUCGAUUAACCUAAAUAUCAGAGUUGUCUCGUCGCGCUACAGAUCUGCUGCUAUGAAAUGCCUUGCUGCAGAUGGAGUAAUGACACGCCAUUCUAUGAGCUCUCUGCAGGCCCUUGUGCUAACUUUAUAUGCUCGGAGCCACAUGAACAUACCUACGUGGACUCUUUUGGGCUUUACUCAUCAUGUAGCGAUAGCCAUGGGGUAUCACAUAGACCCAGGGAGAUUCAAUCUGAGCAUCUUGGAAUGUGAACAACGAAGACGCGCAUGGGCUGCUUUAAUGAUGAUAUACACUAUCCAAAAUACGGCUCUUGGUUCCUUCGGUCAUAGGCCCUUUUCGCAGGAUACCAAGCCCCCAUCCGAUGUCGACGAUGUGGACUUAAUGACGGCCUCUAACAAAGGAAGCCAGGGAGGACCUACCCAAAUGACAUAUAUCUUACUCAAGUUUCGUCUCUAUGAAAUUUCUGCUAAGAUAUCGGAGACUCUAUUAAGCCGUCCAGACGGGUCACCUACUACCUUAACACAGCUGGAGAAUGAAGUUGCUUCCAUCCAAGCCAUGUGCACAUCCAGGUACAGGUCCGACAAUAAUCGCAGCCAUCUACCUGGUCAUCAUAUGGCGAAUUACAAUAUCAUUCAGGGCUACACUCAUCAGUUGCGACUGCUUAUACACCGUCCUAACUUCACCCGAUAUUUUCAGGGAGAUCGCUCUCAGGCUGCGUGGAGAUCCAAAGACAGAUGCGUCGAAUCCGCCAAGAGCUUAUUAGCAAUCUACAGAAAUCUAUCCGAAUGCCCUGUUUUCGCUCCUUAUAAAUGGUACACCAGCGGGUUGGGAAGCUUCUACGCAUUUCAUGCAGCUGUCAGUCUUGCAGCUGUCCUGAUGGAACCCGAUAAUCAAAAUGAAUAUGACGAGAUAAAGGGCUUGCUUUCGAAUUCUCUGGAUCUCUUCGCAGCUCUGUCCCACCGUAGCAGCGUCUGCGAAAAAGCAGUCACUAUACUCCAGAACCUCAUUGACGUUGCAAAUAGUCGUCGUUGUCAAGUCGCAGAAAACACUACAUACGUCUCGGGCGGAACUGAUCGUUCUGUCGCAUACAAUGAGUCCGAGUCACCAAUGGCAAGUUGCCACAUCGAAAUGAUGUUCUCCCAACUGCAACCACAAAAUUGGCUCAGCCCAGCCGCAAUAUCUUGGGAUGGAUGGGACUUCCUUUCGGGAGAUGGACUGGUCGCUUCAUAA